CCGCUUCGAAGGAAGUAUGCCUAGGACUGCAGCAGCAACAACAGAUAAUUCAAAUAAAUAAAAUAAGCAGGGCAGCGAGAAAAUGUCUGAGAGCCGUAAGACAACGACAUGCCCCUAUUUCCCCCAUUCACCUGGAUGGGGGGAAAGGGCCAUGUCGGCAGCUACGCAACUAUUCUGAGGUAAGCAGAGACAGGAGGAGAGGCGGCGGCACCGGCACUCUAGCCUUGCGCGCCUCGCCGGGCCCUUCAGAGCCGGAAGAUCCGGGUCGUGAGGAGGGAGCAGGAAGUCGAGACGUGGCCGCCCAGCUGAGCAGCAGGGGGCGAGGUAGGCGAUGGCGGCCGCGGCGGCGCUGAGCUCGGAGCGGCUGGAGGUCUCCAUUGACGGCCUGACGCUGAGCCCGGACUCGGAGGACGCCCGGCCGGGCCAGGCGGAUGCUAGGCCGCUGCCCGCUGCAGGAGGCCGAGGCAGCCGGGCGGGGGCUGGAGCGCAGCCGAGGCAGGAGGAAGAGGAGGAGGAGGACGACGAAGACGACGAAGACGUCGACAACGAGGCCGGCGGAGACAGCGGCGGCAGGGACGACCACGACGGCGGGGCGCUGAGUCUGGAGCAGCGCUGGGGCUUCGGCCUGGAAGAGCUCUACGGCCUGGCGCUGCGCUUCUUCAAAGAAAAAGAUGGCAAAGCAUUUCAUCCAACAUACGAAGAAAAACUCAGACUCGUAGCACUACACAAGCAGGUCCUGCUGGGACCUUACAAUCCAGACACUUGCCCUGAAGUUGGAUUCUUCGAUGUGCUGGGGAAUGACAGAAGGAAAGAAUGGGCUGCCCUUGGAAACAUGACAAAGCAAGAUGCCAUGACAGACUUUGUUAAGCUCCUAAAUAGGUGCUGCCAUCUCUUCUCAACAUAUGUUACUUCCCAUAAAAUAGAGAAAGAAGAACAGGAAAAGAAAAGGAGAGAAGAGGAAGAACGUAGGCGACGUGAAGAAGAAGAGCGUGCGUGUUUACUAAAGGAGGAAGAGAAACGUAGGCGAGAGGAAGAAGAGAGGCUGAGACGGGAGGAAGAAGAGAGGAGGCGGAUAGAAGAAGAGAGACUCCGGAUGGAACAACAGAAACAACAGAUAAUGGCAGCACUGAACUCCCAGACUGCUGUUCAGUUCCAGCAGUAUGCGGCCCAGCAGUACCCAGGCAACUAUGAGCAGCAGCAGAUCCUAAUUCGUCAGCUUCAGGAACAGCACUAUCAGCAGUAUAUGCAGCAGCUUUACCAAGUCCAGCUUGCACAGCAACAGGCUGCUUUACAGAAACAGCAGGAAGCAGCCGCCAUAACAGGGUCUUCAGUGACAUCCGCAUCAAAGCCAAACUCAGCUGCCGCAGGGGAAAUCCCAUCAGUUAAUGGACAGGCCAGUGCGCAUACAGACAGCCCUGAAAAAGAGUUUGACACUGAUGCAGAAGAAGCAUUAGAGAAUGGACCAAAAGAAUCUGUUCCAGUCAUAGCAGCGCCAUCCAUGUGGACACGCCCCCAGAUUGCAGACUUCAAAGAGAAGAUCCGCCAGGAUGCAGACUCUGUAAUAACAGUGGGCAGAGGAGAAGUGGUGACCGUUCGUGUACCAACACAUGAGGAGGGUUCUUAUCUCUUCUGGGAGUUUGCUACAGACAAUUAUGACAUUGGUUUUGGGGUAUAUUUUGAAUGGACAGACUCCCCUAACACAGCAGUCAGUGUACAUGUUAGUGAAUCCAGUGAGGAUGAGGACGAGGACGAAGAAAAUGCUAGCAGUGAAGAAAAAACCAAAAAGAAUGCCAACAAGCCUCAACUAGAUGAAAUAGUGCCUGUGUACAGACGAGACUGUCACGAAGAAGUGUACGCUGGCAGUCACCAGUACCCAGGGAGAGGAGUCUAUCUCCUUAAAUUUGACAACUCCUACUCGCUAUGGAGGUCGAAAACGGUUUACUACAGAGUCUAUUAUACUAGAUAAAUGUGGCAGUGUCAGAGGCCGGGGCUUUGCAGAAGAUGUCGCGUUGUUUGGAGCUUCCUUCAAGCAUACUGGACCUUUUGACAUUGUUCCCCUGUCUGAUGUUUCUGUAUGGUUUGUGUGUGUGUGCGCUUGUGUGUGAACUCUGACACUGGGAGUUGGGCUUUCUUCUGCAGCUCAGUGUUAAUGCAGGUUUAGUGGGGCUAGCAUCUCCCCAAUCCUUUCUGGUUACAUGGAUGUUUGCCAGAGUUUGAGACAAAAGGUCAUGUCAGCUGCAUAUGUUGACCUUGUAAAACCCCUUUCUCACACACACACACACACACACACACACACACACACACACACACACACGGGAAAUGUUUCAUUGAUGGUGGUCAGUAUGAUGUUGCCUGUCGCUUUGAAAGUUUAAAAACACCCACCUGUAAAUUGUUCAUUUGAGGGUACCAGCUUUAUUUGGAGGGGGUGGGUGGGCAUUGGAUGCAAUCUGCACUGUAGCAAGCAAGUUUCUUAAAACUGUAUUUGAAUGUCAGAUUUUUACACCAUUAAACUUGAAACCUUAGUGGAUGCAGUUUAGAAACUGAUUUGUCUCAUGUUUGUUCUCAUUCAAGAAGUCAUUUGGAGCCUUCCUGUCCAAACAGCAUGCUGUUGGAUGAGACACAGAAGUGUGUAUUUGUCUUUGCUGGAGGUAUGCAGGCCCACAUGAAACAAGAGUUAUGUAUUUCAGGGAAUUCUCUUGUUUGAUUGCAAAACAGAAAGAGUUAAUCUUGGACUAAAGUAAAUAAAAUGGAUAUUUUUGCUUCCCUUGUAUCUGCUGCUAAUCUUGAGUCCAGGUUUUGUGCAGGAAUUUUACUGCAGAGCUGAGACAUAAGUAACUUUAAAUUCUGAAGGUCUGUUCAGAUGUUUUCCUGUACAUGCCAUGUUAAAGUUAAUGGGAACUGUCCUUGUGCAAUUCUUUAUUUGCUCAGUUUGGGACAAGGGAAGUAUGUGUAAGGAGCCAUUCCUGUUGGAAGUGUGUCUCUUUCACAACUGUAUGGGUAGGCUUCAAAUUGAAACCAGUUGUCUGCACAGCUUUUGUAGUCUGUCCGGGGGGGGGCUUUUUUGUAAACCUGAGUUUGUACUUUGUGCAUUUACAUAAUUAAAGAAUGUUUGGAAUAUUGUAGGAAUUAAUGUUGCACUAAUGUUAUGGAAAUCACUGCCAGGAAACACUCAUUUUAGUUAAUUCAGGUUGCAUUUGUGCACUUGUUCUGGCACCAUUAAUCCUAGUUGGUAAUUAAGUGUUGAAAAGAAAUAUGAAGUGUUCUUGCAGAUACACAAGUAGUGUCUUAACUUGCAUAACAUUUUAGCGCGAAAGUGCAAAAUUGUAGGUUUGCUUGGCAGUGACGAAGUUUGGUCGUUUUCUGGUCCCUUAUUUGUAACAACAGAACAACUUUUGUACAGAACUAGUUUUCAAAGACACACAACCAAGUUCAGGUUUUUCAAAAAUGACCUGCGUGUGUGAUGCCUGACAAAUGCAACUUCCCCCAUCAGUUUUAUUUUAUUUUUUACAGUGGAAUUUCCAUGGAUUAGUUGCGAGCAUAUAUGUUCCGCUAGAAAUGGGUCUGUUGGAAUUAAGAGAUUUCCUGACUUGAAUGCUUGUACAUACAUUAUACACUUUUUCCUUUAUCACAUCAUACAGAGAUGGUUCUCCUAAAAAGCACUUGAUCUUUCAAUUUCAUUUGAUUCACAACGCAUUACAACCUUUGUCUAGUUAGUACUGUUCCAUCCAACUCUGCUGUAAACAUGUUCUGUUCUCCUGUGUACAUAAUACUGUAUAAACCAUGAAGUUAGGAAGUAGAUUGCCUUUUAAAAGCUGUAUUUUAAAUUUCAAAAUAAUUAGAGGUGGGCACUAAUUCCAUUUAACAUCUUAUAUUUCUUUUGUCCAUACAAAAUUAUGAUUUAAAAGAGAAAUCGUGUUGAAGAGCAGUAUAUGUUUGUUGUAAACACAGCAAUUUACUGUCAAGCUUUGGCUAUCCAAACUCCUUUUAGAUUUCUAAAAAUUGCCUCUGACUGUUGAUUAGUGCAGAACAAGUGCAAUUUCAAAAUACCUUGGAAUAAUAUAUUUAAUCCAUUAAAAUGGCUUGUACGGAA